CCGUGGCGCCGCUCCGGGCCGCUGAGGGAGCCGCCGAGCCGCCAUCGGUGUGUGACGGCGCCGUUGGCGGCGGGAUCCGGUCUCCUGCCCAAUGGUCCGGACAUUCCUGCCAAUGGUCUCCUGUUCCAAAAGACUCAGAAGUCCCACAGCAAAUGCUGCAGACCCGUUUUGCCCCCAGCUGCAUGGACUUUGAACUUGAACGAUGCCUCCAGGCAGGUGGAACUCUGUUCAUCCAGUGCAGGUCCAGGCAUCAAGGGGACGGGGGCGCCUUUCAAAGGUAAAGAAGGAGGAAAAAGAAGAUGAAGAGGGAUAUACUUUGGGGAAGACUGCCAGGCCACAGACCCUCAACCAUGCCGGCCAGGAGCUGUUCCGCCAGCUGUUCCGCCAGCUGCGCUACCACGAAUCUUCUGGGCCCUUAGAAACUCUGAGUCGUCUCCGAGAACUGUGCCGCUGGUGGAUGAGGCCUGAUGUUCUGUCGAAGGCCCAGAUGCUGGAGCUGCUGGUGUUGGAGCAGUUCCUGAGCAUCCUGCCUGGGGAGCUCCGGACCUGGGUGCAGCUCCAUAACCCCAUGAGUGGCCAGGAAGUGGUUGCACUCCUCGAGGAGUUACAGCGGGACAUGGGGGGGAUGUCACAGAGGGAUCCAUGCCCUGCCCAGAGCCCGGAUGUGCAUUGGUUAGGCACAGGAACCCUGAAGUCCGCACAGAUAGGCCCCUCAUUGUCCCCUCUCAGCAGUGGCUCGGUUCCCUGUGACCGCUUGGAGCCUUCCGGUGAAAUUGGAGCACAUGACUCCCUGUCUGGGCAAUCUGAUACUCCUAGUGUCCAGGUGUCUGAACCUUCUCAGGAAGAGGAAAGCCCAGGAGACCAGGAGGUGUUGACUUUCAAGGACGUGGAGGUGACUUUCUCCCAGGAUGAGUGGGGAUGCCUGAACUCUGCUCAGAGAAACCUCUACCAGGAUGUGAUGCUGGAGAAUUACGGGACCCUGGCUUCUCUGCUGGGGUCAUUUUCCAAACCUGCUGUGAUCUCAUGGCUGGAGGCAAGAGAGCCCUGGGGCCUGAAUGUCUACACAGUUCAGCCUGAGGAAAAGACUGAUACUGCCUGCCCUGAAGGAGGUGAACUCCAGCUUCAGACAAGCCAAACACAGACCUCUCUAGAACCCCUUGGGCCCUCCGCUGUACCAGCUGGACAUCCUGUAACGGAUACCCCAGAGGGAACAGGACUCCGAGACUCUGUGGAACAGAAGAAGAACAAAGUCCAUAAGGCCUGUGGGAGUCCCAUCCGUGUGAGAGUGAAGACAGAAGAGACCGCCGAUGGUCCCAGCACAGGAAACAAGUCUCAAGGGUCAGGACAAAGUAAUACUUUGGACUUAAAGCACAACACCUGUUUGAAAACUUCCAGAAAAAAGCGAUCCUUCAAACAUGGCUGUGGCAGGCCAUUCAGAAAAAACUCACACCCUUACGAUUACAAGAAAUACGGGAAAGGGCUCAGACAUGCGCAGAGAGCACUGAGCGCGCCUCCGAAGGAGAGUGAAAAGGACGCCUAUGGGAAAAGCGUCAGCCUCCCCUCCCCUCUCCACCAGGAGCCGCCCCCUGAUAUCCUGGGGAUGCUGAACACAUCCAGUGAUUGUGGGACCCCCUUUCAUCCUAGCUCCCAUCUCCUGUUUCAUCCAAGGCUGCCCACACCCGAGAAAACCUUUAAAUGUCGGGUGUGUGAGAAAGCCUUCAAGUGGCAUUCGAACUGUUUGCGCCAUGAGAAAAUCCAUACGGGGGUGAAACCUUACAAGUGCAGUUUUUGUGAGAAAGCUUUCCUGCGGUUGUCCGCUUACCGCCUGCACCAGCACACUCACGUGAAACAGAUGUGUGCCCCCGAGCUGUACCAAGAAGCAGGGCCGGGUUAUCACGUGAGGCACCAGAAUGGGGAGAAAUUCUUGGACUGCAGCCACUGUGGGAAGUCGUUCCAUUGCAAAUCCUACGUUCUCGAACACCAGCGGAUCCACACCAAGGAGAAGCCGUACAGAUGUGGCAGGUGCUGGAAAAGUUUUCGGUGGAGGUCCAACUUUAAUCGCCACGUGAGGCAGCACCAAGAAGAAGAAGAUGAGGACAAAGAAGGCGGCCCGCAGAGGCAGGGCAGCCAGCCCCAAGAGCCCCCCACAGAGGAGAAAACUUGCCCUCGGCCCCCUCGUGCAAACACUUUCAAUCCAAAGAAAAAAGUCCGGGAACACCAGAUAAUUCAAACCCGUGACAAGCUUUACCAGUGUAACGAAUGUGGCCAAGGAUUUGCCUUCCGCUCGGCGUUCAUCGUUCAUAAGAAGAAUCAUGCCAUUCAGAGAAAAACGCAAGGCCGGCCACCUCUGAGUCAGGAGGCAGCAUUUGCCAUGCCUCUGGGCAGUGUGACUAUAGAGGAAAAGCCCUACAAAUGUAACCAGUGUGACAAAGUGUUCCGUCAUCACUCCUUCCUUCUCAUCCACCAGCGUGUUCACACGCGGGAGAAACCCUAUCACUGCAAGGAGUGUGGGAAAGCGUUCCGCUGGACUUCGAAUCUCUAUCGACACCAGAGGCAGCAUUCGCCCGGCCUCCACUACAAGUAUCGCCUUGCCCCUGACGAGGCGCCAGGCCCACAGCCCGAAGUCCUCAGUGAUGGGAAAUCUUUCUGGUGUCAAGAAUGCGGGAAAACCUUUACCCGGAAGCGAAGCCUCUUAGAUCACAUGGGCAUCCACAGUGGAGAGAAGCGCUAUAAAUGCAAUUUGUGCGGCAAAUCUUACGAUCGGAAUUAUCGCCUCUUGAACCACCAAAGAGUUCAUGCCACAGAGAGGCCUUUCACGAGUCAGUGGUGUGGGAAAGAUUUCAGGGAAUUGCACACUUUUGCUCUUCACCAGAAACCACGCACCAGGGUGGCCCAGCCCAAACACACCCUACUAGCCAUGGCAGACCCAGAGGCUUCUGUCCAGGAAUACAAACCACGUGGAACAAAACCUCUUGAGAGCUAUGAAGGCCCUUCCACUCAGGAAUCCACGAUCCCCGCACUCCAGAACAGAUCCACAGAGAAAAAGCGCCACAAAUGUCAUCUCUGUGGCAAGGCCUUCGGCAAGCGUUCGCUACUCCUGAGCCACAAGCGAUUUCACACGCGCGAGAGGCCCUUCAAAUGUAAAGUGUGUGGAAAGACUUUUAGGUGGACUUCAAAUUUGGCUCGGCAUAUGAAAAACCAUAUUUAAGAUUUAGCCUGAAGCAGGCACCAAGUAGCUCCUGCCUUGUUCAUCUUGAGCUACUUUGGGAGGCUGAGAUCUGAGGAUCGGGGCUCAAAGCCAGCCUGGGCAGGAGAAGUUCAUGAGACUCUAUCUCCAAUAAACUACUGAAAGCAGCCGGAAGUAGAGCUGUGGCUCAAGUGGCAG